UCUGCAUGGCAACCACGUCUGCGGAGCUCUGUCCGGGACCGACGCAUGGCGAUCUGAUGAGCAGAAGAGCCGAAGUCUGGAGAUGACGGGAUGGAUCUGUUGCCAUACCAGGAUGGUAUUGCGAGAUCUUAAAAUGAUCGAUAUUGCCCAUAUCGGAAUAAAUGGCCGUGAAAAGAGGGAGUACUCCCUAUCAUCUCUCUCAACCCAUUUCCCACGACGAAUCCUUCGAAAGAUUCCGAAAUGGCUCCAAUAAAUGGCGAUAUCUCGAAACAAAGAGUUCCUCCUCCAUUGAUCGACUUGUACGGCAUCGCGGCCCAAUAUCGAAGAGGCGAAAGAAAACCUUACUGAUCAGCUCCGCCUGGACUCACCGCCAAACUCAACCCUGGGAGCAAGAAACCUCCAAUUCAGAGCGGUUAUCCCCCAAGAUCCAUCGAUGUUCUGGGAUAGCAACCCGGAAGUCCGGCAGACAAGUCUCUCGGGGGGCCCACACGGCGGCAAACGGGCGGGCCCACGGCGGCACAAGCAAAAAGGGCAAACGGGCGGGUCGGCCGCGGGGGAAGCAAGACUCGCCUGAGACAGCGCAAAACGCCCGCCAAUGGAGGAUUUUUUCCCCCAGAUACUGGAUUGCGCAUGCCCUACGUCACUCCGCCCAAUGUGCCAUGCCAUCACACGACAACCGCCGCGCGCGCGACGAAGACAGGACGGAAGGGCCUUCUUUUUUCUCUUUCUUUCUGAUACAUAUUCUUCGAGGCCUGCAGGACCAUCCGUGACGAUCGGCCGGCUGUUGAGAGGAUAUCUUGCACUCUCGCGUGCUUUGGGCAGGGAAUGGUCUGCACUUUUCUGCUGAAACAUUGCUGUCGAUCCGGAUCUGCAUCGUUGAAAACUUUCACGCUCGUUGCCAUUCAUUCAGCUGGGAAUCAUCAAUAGCGAUACAGGUUGCUCUCGAACACAGAAAGGGAAACGAUCCGAUCCGAUUUCAAUCUGAUCAAAGGGUCUCGAUCGCUCCUGGAACAGAUCA